AUGCUCAAUAAUAUCUCCGCCGGCGGCUCUAUUCACAGUAUUUCAGGAGCAAAAGACCUUCAUGCCCAAGACGUUAAGCGUCACGAUAAAUUGGACGGCGUUUUGGGAGUAAAUUUAGGCAGUGGCCUAUCCGCCGGCGGAGGUCUAACGCUUCCUCAAGAAUUAAUCAUGACGAUGCCAGGUGCAGGAGGUGGAUGCUCGGUCGUCCAGGGCGACGAUAAACCAGCAAAACAGAAACGACAUCGGACAAGAUUUACACCAGGUCAACUAAGUGAGCUAGAGAGAUGUUUUAGUAAAACCCAUUAUCCAGACAUUUUUCUCAGAGAAGAAAUCGCAAGUCGAAUUGGUCUCACCGAAAGCCGGGUUCAAGUGUGGUUCCAAAACCGUCGCGCCAAAUGGAAGAAACGCAAGAAGACGACGAAUGUGUUCAGGUCACCGGGUGCUCUUUUACCUUCACACGGACUACCGCCUUUCGGCGCCAUGAGCUCGGAAUUGUGUGGCGCCGCUGGAAUGUUCCACGCGCCCGCCGAUCGAUGGGGAAUGGGUCCAGGGUUGAGCCAGUUGAGUCAAGGUGGAAUGAGUAUGGGUGGUUUCGGACAAAGUUUGGGUCAGCUCGGUCAACAAAGCUCGGGAGGUCUGGGCUCAAGUCUCGGUCUAGGAAAUGGCGGCCAGUUGAUAAGCAGUCCCUCACAGACGGUCUAUCAGGCUAGCUACGGUUUGAAUUCACUUGGUGGCGUGCAUAUGUCAGCGUCACGGGGCUCACCACCUAGUGGCGGUUCAUCCGUUGGCGGCGGCGGCGGCGGUACUGGUCAAGGUGGCGGUGGUGGCGCGGGUGCCGGAGGUCUCGGCUCAUCUUUAACUUGUGGUCAAAAUUCACCGAGCGGUAAUGGAGCUGGUAACAAUGGUGCCAGUGGUAGUAACAGCGGCACGGGUGGUGCUAAUUCCUGCGGUGGCGAGAGCGGAAGUGGCGUAGAGGCGACAGAUUGGCGAGGAGCGCACAGCAUCGCAGCAUUGAGACGUCGCGCGUCCGACGCCUCGCAGCAGCAACAGUACAGUCCGCAGCCGACCGGGCCACCGCCACAAUAUGGCCACGACAUUGAGUACAGCUCCGUUUAUUAGAGGGAUGACGCCAAAGUGCGUUGAAUUUUAGCGGCCGCGAAAUCAUU